UCACCACAGCGUAGGUAAGCCAUUGUCCGAAAGUAAUCAUAAUCCAGCUCUGUUGUAUUACUCCGACAUUCCCCGAGUUGUAGCUUGACGAAGGAGCCGAAGGAGGGUCAGUGUAAGGAUUACGGUGUCUUUAUUCAAGGAUAUUCAUCGACGUCCCCCACAGGUAUUCAAGAUGUCCGUCGCUCCCUUCAUCUUGACCAGACCGACUUACACCCUCAUCAACUCCCUCAUCCUACCCAUAGAGACGGUGCCCGCAGAUGACCUGACUGUAGAGCCCACCCUCAGAGGGUACCUGACCUUCCUUUUCCCAGUCAGCAUAUUGCUCGACGCGCUGAUGGAUGAAGCGGAGGAUGGGAGGAGCCUAGGCGAGGAGCAGUUUGGGGUGUACGAGAGUAUAGAGCGUCGGUUGUCAGCGGAGUAUGGUGUCGACGGCCGUUCUUGUAUUCUCAGGUUCAUCUGCGAGUUGCAGCGUAGGCCUAUCAGCCAGUGGACCGUUGCUGGACAGCUGCUAACUGUAUUGUUUACGCCAAGUUAUGGAGGCAAAAAGGAAGACUUAGAACUCCUGAUGAAGUAUAGAGCAGCCCAAAUGCUAGGCAUGAAAGACGAGAUCGACUGCAGCGCCAUCUACAACAAGUGCCCUUUCAGCGUUUUUUACUAUUUUGACGCCGUUCAAAAUGUCACUUCUUCUUUCCGCUCGGAUGGGAAACAACCAAGUUAUCUGUGGGAUUACUGAGAUAUUUCCAUUUAUGAUGGAAACAACGAUUAACCAUGUAGAAUACCAAUCUUUUCACGUCUAGUUUAAUCAUCUUUCACGUAUUACCGAAUAUCCAUUCCGUUUUUCAUCAAAUCAUUAUUCAUUGCAUCUAACAUAUUAUUCUUAUAUUUAUUUUACCCUCUAUUUAUCUUCAAACAUUUUGCCGUGUCUUCAAUCAUCAUGCAACCGAAUUCUGUCAACAAAUAUACAUAAUUUUCUUACAAUAAUUAUAUUACGUAUGAACUUUCCAGUAACGGUAAAUUUAAAAGAACUGCAAAUGGUGUGCCUCUUGAAGAACACCUGCUUCAAGAGGAACACUUUAUUAACUGGGGUCAAACAACUGAAAGGUUAUAUGACCUUAUAAAGUUUAUAACAUUUAGAAAUGCUUGAUAGGUUUUAAUUUCUGCCUGUCUUGGAUUCCAUCAUCGCCUCCAACGUCGAUCAGCGCAAAGGGCCUCUUUGAGAUUCCCCCACUUGAACUGACUUACUAAGAUUGGUUAAGGGCAUGAACGCGCGGGUAGGUCUAUUGAGAUUCCUCGCUUCUCACGUUACAAACACACGAGUGGACACACCGCACAUUUGUUAAGAGGUGCACAAUUCAAUUAUAUUGUUGCAGUUGCUUUCUGGAUCACUGUUUUCUUAUUGUUGCUACACAUAUUUAGUUUAAUUUUUGUUUCUCUAAACCGUUAGUUUGGAGUUCUAAGUCUGGACUGUCCUGAUUGCACACUAAUAGUUGAGUUUCCUUUUUUUUCUGCAAACUAUUAGUUUGGAGUUUAAUAUUUUGGUACAGCAUUAGUUUAGCAUUUCCUUUGUUUGUAUAUCGUUAGUUUUCUUGUUUUUCAAGCCGUCAUUCUCAUCUGUCAGUCAUCACCUUUUUAUGACCAAAACUUAUAUUGGCAUAUAACUGACUAAAAACUAACAAUGGUGCUUUUUACAAAGUCUGGCAUUUGCUAUAAACUAGAGUAAUCUGGAUGGUUUCCAUAAAAUACAGUAUUAAGAAUUUGUGCAUAAAGAACAUUUGAAAGCUUGAGAAAUGAGAAGCGGAGACUAAAUGGCAAAUGUCUCUGUAGACCGAACUACAAUGGUCAUCUUCAGGUACUAAUUUUCAUCGGCAGAAUAGUAAAAUUAUUAUUUCAUGACGCAAUUCUUUAUAAAUGAGCAGGAAACCAACGAAUGAUAGAUUUGAAGGGCGAAAAUCCAACAAAAACUGGACAAACUCUCCUCGGGGAGAAUGAACUCCAAGUAGGCCUACCUGCGGAGGCUGUUUGGUCCGUUAUAGAUGAACUCUAGGCUCCCCUUUGACAGAAGGGGAACUCCAUAGAGGUAAAGAUUAUUACAAACGAUGUUUGGAUUAUGACUGAUCAUUGAGUAUAUACCCCUUUAUCAGCUUCAGCUGCUCUUCAUUCAUGAUUUUAUAUUUUAUCGUCGUUAAGGAUUUUAACUUCGAUAAAAGUUGUUUGGUAACUUUAUUCUUAUUGUUGUUAUGAGUGUCAAAACCAUCUCUGGACAUCUUAGUUGUCUCCUUCAUUAUUUCAAGGAACGUAAACAAUACGAAGCGCCUCAGUGGCGUGGUCGGUAUGGUGUUGGCGAGCCACUUCGUUGGCUGCGAGUUCGAUUCUCGGGCAUUCCACUGAGGGGAUAGAGAUGUGUAUUUCUGGUGACAGAAGUUCACUCUUGGCAAGGUUUAGAGGUCACGUAAAGUCGUUGGUCUCCUUGCUGAAUAACCACUGGUUCCAUGCAACGUAAAAACACCAUACAAUCAAGUAAGCAAUACGAUCACACCCUGUAUGUUAACAUGCUCAUAUUCUUAACUUAAGCGUUCAAUGGUUUUAUACAAAUUAUUACUAACUAAGCUUUCGAAGGGUUGUCUAAAUGCACAUAUUGUUUAUUUUGAAUUUUAUGUGGCUUAUUACAAUCCUUACAAAUCAUCCAAAGCUAAGAUUAUAGCUUGAAAUAAUAAUUAAUAUAAUUAAAUCUAUAACGAACUAAACUUCUUAAAUUCUAUGUCAAUACUUUUAUUAUUUUAUUUCUCAUCUUAUGUAAUAAUCCUGUAAACGUUAAAUAAAAGACAUGAUAACC